AUGGAGCUGACUAAAACAGUUGAUAAAGAACUGUUGAGAUUUAUAGGUGCCAUUAAGCAGUACUUGUGUCUAUCAUUGUUGAAGAACAGUGCGUCGACCCUUCUGAUUGUGUUUCAGCUUUCUUGCUCAAUAUUCAUUAGUCUGGUUUCAAGAUUUAGAGCUGGACUGAAGGCAGAGAUUGGAGUAUUUUUCCCUAUGAUAGUUCUGAGAGUUUUGGAGAAUGUUGCUCAGCCUAAUUUUCAGCAAAAGAUGAUAGUGCUUCGGUUUCUUGAGAAGCUUAGUGUUGAUUCACAGAUUUUGGUAGACAUAUUUAUUAACUAUGACUGUGAUGUCAAUUCAUCAAACAUAUUUGAGAGAAUGGUCAAUGGCCUUCUUAAAACUGCUCAAGGUGUCCCACCUGGUGUUGCCACUACAUUGGUGCCACCACAGGAUGCAACCAUGAAACUCGAAGCUAUGAAGUGUUUGGUAGCUAUUUUGAAAUCAAUGGGAGAUUGGAUGAACAAACAAUUGCGCAUUCCAGUUCCUCAUUUUACAAAGAAAUCCGAGGCAGCUGAAAACAGUUCUGAAUCUGGAAGUCUUCCCAUGGUGAAUGGGAAUGGUGACGAUCCUGUUGAAGGAUCAGAUUCUCAAUCUGAAGCCUCCAGUGAAGUUUCUGAUGUUUCAACAAUCGAACAGCGUCGGGCUUACAAGCUUGAACUUCAGGAAGGUAUAUCUCUCUUUAACCGGAAGCCUAAAAAGGGUAUAGAAUUCCUAAUUAGUGCAAAUAAGGUGGGGAACUCACCAGAGGAGAUAGCAGCUUUUCUUAAAAAUGCAUCUGAUUUGAACAAGACUUUGAUUGGUGAUUAUCUGGGGGAAAGGGAAGAGUUAUCGCUGAAAGUGAUGCAUGCGUAUGUGGAUUCUUUUGAAUUUCAUGGCAUGGAGUUUGAUGAGGCAAUUAGGGCCUUUCUACAAGGGUUUAGGCUGCCUGGUGAGGCACAGAAGAUUGACCGUAUUAUGGAAAAGUUUGCUGAACGUUACUGCAAGUGUAAUCCGAAGGUUUUCACCAGUGCUGACACAGCCUAUGUCCUUGCUUACUCUGUGAUAAUGCUCAACACUGAUGCUCAUAACCCAACGGUUAAGAGCAAGAUGUCUGCAGAUGAUUUUAUAAGAAACAAUCGUGGCAUAGAUGAUGGAAAAGAUUUACCUGAUGAGUACUUGAGAUCAUUGUUUGAACGAAUAUCCAGAAAUGAAAUAAAAAUGAAAGAAGAUGAUUUCGCUCCUCAGCAGAAGCUGUCUGUAAACUCAAACAGAAUUUUAGGGUUAGACAGCAUACUAAAUAUUGUGAUACGCAAGCGUGGGGAAGAAAAUCUUAUGGGGACGAGUGAUGAUCUCAUGAAGCAUAUGCAAGAACAAUUUAAAGAAAAAGCUCGCAAAUCUGAGUCAGUUUAUUAUGCAGCAACCGACGUGGUGAUCCUUAGAUUCAUGAUAGAGGUAUGCUGGGCACCUAUGUUGGCAGCCUUCAGUGUUCCUCUUGACCAAAGUGAUGAUGAGGUAGUGAUAGCUCAAUGUCUGGAAGGCUUCCAUCAUGCGAUCCAUGUUACUGCAGUAAUGUCCAUGAAGACUCAUAGAGAUGCUUUUGUGACAUCAUUAGCGAAGUUCACUUGCCUCCACUCACCUGCUGAUAUCAGACAGAAAAACAUAGAUGCCAUCAAGGCAAUUGUUACAAUUGCAGAUGAAGAUGGGAAUUACUUACAGGAGGCCUGGGAGCAUAUUUUAACCUGUGUUUCUCGAUUUGAGCAUUUGCAUCUCCUGGGAGAGGGUGCUCCUCCAGAUGCCACUUUCUUUGCAAUUAAUCAGAAUGAAGUCGACAAAUCAAAACAAGCUAAGUCGAAUAUGUUACCUGCUCUUAAAAAGAAGGGACCUGGGAGGAUUCAGUAUGCAGCUGCAGCUAUGAGAAGGGGCUCAUAUGAUAGUGCUGGUGUUGGUGGCAAUGCUUCUGCUGGGAUUACAUCUGAGCAGAUGAACAAUUUAGUCUCUAACUUAAAUAUGUUGGAACAAGUUGGUGAAAUGAAUCGCAUAUUCACACGGAGUCAAAAAUUAAACAGUGAGGCAAUAGUUGACUUCGUAAAGUCUCUCUGCAAGGUGUCUAUGGAAGAAUUGCGAUCUACAUCUGAUCCUCGGGUUUUUAGCCUUACAAAGAUAGUCGAGAUUGCGCACUAUAACAUGAACCGCAUCAGGUUUGUUUGGUCAAAGAUUUGGCACGUGCUCUCUGAUUUUUUUGUGACCAUUGGCUGUUCUGAAAACCUUUCGAUUGCAAUUUUUGCAAUGGAUUCUCUGCGUCAAUUGUCAAUGAAAUUUUUGGAGCGGGAAGAGUUGGCCAAUUAUAACUUUCAGAAUGAGUUUAUGAAGCCUUUUGUAAUCGUUAUGCGAAAGAGUAGUGCUGUUGAAAUUAGAGAAUUGAUCAUCAGAUGUGUAUCUCAAAUGGUUUUAUCUCGUGUUAAUAAUGUAAAGUCAGGAUGGAAAAGCAUGUUCAUGGUCUUCACAACGGCAGCUUAUGAUGAUCACAAAAACAUUGUUCUUCUGGCUUUUGAAAUAAUAGAGAAGAUUGUGCGAGACUACUUCCCGUAUAUUACUGAGACUGAAACCACUACGUUUACAGACUGUGUAAAUUGUCUGAUUGCAUUCACUAAUAGUAGAUUCAACAAAGACAUCAGUCUCAAUGCUAUUGGUUUCCUUCGUUUCUGUGCGACCAAACUUGCUGAAGGAGAUCUAGGAUCCUCAAGGAAUAAGGACAAGGAAACUUCUGGAAAGAUUCCUCCAUCUUCACUCCAGAAAGGGAAAGAUAGAAGAUAUGACAAUGGAGAGCUCCCAGAUAAGGAAGAUCAUCUCUAUUUCUGGUUCCCUCUGUUGGCUGGAUUAUCUGAACUUAGCUUUGACCCAAGACUUGAAAUCAGAAAGAGUGCCCUACAAGUACUGUUUGAUACAUUGCGCAACCAUGGUCAUCAUUUCUCUCUGCCAUUGUGGGAAAGGGUGUUUGAAUCAGUCCUAUUUCCGAUCUUUGACUAUGUUCGGCAUGCAAUUGAUCCUUCUGGUGAAAACUCAGCCGAACAGGGGAUUGAUGGAGAUACAGGUGAGCUUGAUCAAGACUCAUGGCUUUACGAGACGUGUACACUGGUCCUCCAACUGGUUGUAGAUAUUUUUGUGAAAUUUUAUGACACUGUCAAUCCACUUUUGAAAAAAGUGCUGAUGUUAUUGCGUCCUCACCAAAGUCUUGCUGGUAUUGGUAUUGCUGCAUUUGUCCGUUUGAUGAGCAAUGCUGGAGAACUAUUUUCGGAUGAUAAAUGGCUGGAAGUGGUUUUGACUAUAAAAGCAGCAGCUAAUGCUACGCUUCCUGAUUUCUCAUUUACUCUUAACGAAGAAAGUAAGAUGCGGAGCCAUGAAGAAGAUUCUAUUAGACACAGUAACGGAGAAUCUGCAGAGUCUAGUGUGCCUGAUGAUGAUUCAGAGAACCUGAGAAGACAACAUCUCUACACUGCUAUCUCUGAUGCUAAGUGCCGAGCUGCCGUUCAACUUCUGUUGGUUCAGGCAGUGAUGGAAAUCUACAAUAUGUAUAGACCUCAAUUUUCUGUGAGAAGCACCAUAGUUCUCUUUGAUGCGGUGCAUGCUGUGGCGUUGCAUGCUCACAAGAUAAACAGUGAUGCUACGUUACGUUCCAAGCUACAAGAGCUUGGGCCCAUGACUCAAAUGCAAGANAUUUUCUGUGAGAAACACCAUAGUUCUCUUUGA